UCAGAUAUAAGAUUAGUUUCCAAUGUUAUUGUUUUAAUCGAACACGCGAAACUGUAACAGUUAUCAUCGUUUAUCCAAUAUUUUAAUCAUGCACGACUUCACUAGCAUAUUAAAUAUCAUAUUUAUUAUAAGUGGUGGUGUUCUUACGUUUGUAAUACUGUUUAUUUUUGCCAAGAGACAAAUUACUAGGUUCGCGCUCCGAUCGAGGAGGGGCCCCCAUGUUCCUAUUGGGGCUGAUGCUAAAAAAUGUUUGAAGAAAGAAAUAGAACGCAGGAUAGAAGCAGUGCCUCGGAUAAUGUAUGAGCCCCGGCUGCUCUGCGCAGAACCAUCUCACUACAUACUGGAGCCUCAACAGCCUUAUCACUAUAGAUUCCGUGCAGUGGAUGAUGUAAAACUUUUAGAGGAAGAAAUAGCCUGCCAAGACGCGAACCUCCGUCGUCACCCCCGCGAGUCGCUGCGCGCGUUCCUGCUGGCGUGCCUCGCGGCGCCGCUCGACGGCCGCGGCCAGAAGCUCAUACACCAGUUCUGCGAUGCAUACGAAUCCGCCAGACACCAUCCGGCUGAGUUUGGCGAGGAGGAAUACAGGGCGUAUAAUCGGUUGCUGUUGAAACUGUUGGAUGCUGCCCGCCUGCUCAAGAGCGUGGGCGUGGUGGGGGGCGGCGCCCGCGCGAGCCCGCAGCGCCGCCCGCGCCUGCUCGACCCCGCGCGGCUGCGCACCACGCUACCAACCAACCAUUACACCGCACUUGAGAACAUGCCAGUCGACUCAAAAUUAGAAGACGAGAUUAUCAGAGUACCAGUGAAAAGCCCCACCGAGCCCGUGGUGAAGCCCCCAGCCGAUGAGACCGCCGUGUGAGGGCGGAGCGCCCGCAGGGACGCGCAGACUCUGUAGGGCGGUGGGAGCUUGGGGGGCGAAGUGAUAGUGUCAGUGAUUGUGAUAGUGACUUAGACAUGGGGGGAGUGAUAAAGUGAUGGUUGUAGAUACACGGGAUAAUAGGGGUAAAGUGAUAAAAUGGUAGACUGUGGUAGUAGGGACUUAGAAAUUCAUAGUCUGGUGAAUCGGCAAUCAGUAUCAUAAAUAAAAGGAAGAGGUGUAUGUGGAUUUGGAAAGCAAAGCGCUAUGUUUAAUGGUAGUUGGAAGAUGAAAUGUUAGUGGCAUUUUGUAUAAGCAUAUAGUACAUAAUACUUCUAUGUCACACUGCUAUAGUAUUAAAUCUAUCAAAAUGAGACAUGAC